AUGCCUUAUCUAACUUAUCAUGACGCUGAUAUUGACGAAGAGGCGGUGAUGCUCUUCAAUGAUGGGUGCUGGCUUAAUGACAAAUGCAUCGAUCUAUAUUUAGAGUAUCUUGCGCAUACAGUUGCCCCUGAGGAUGACUCUGAGAAAGCUAUUUUUAUUUGUAGUGCGGCCAUGACGUUUUUUUUGUCUAAUCUACCAAGUGGAACGGACCUGUCAAUCCUAGUCGCGCCACAAUUUACUUCUGCGCCAGUGAUAUUCUCGGUGAUAAAUAAUAAUCCAGACGUGACCGUCGCUCUAGGAGGCAGUCAUUGGUCUUUGAUGGUUUAUGUCAGAGAUAUGAAUGAGUGCUUGCAUUAUGAUAGUGCAUCUGGGAUAAAUACCAACGCGGCGAAAAAAGUUGCAAAAAAGUUAUUUGGUAUAGGAAAAGUACGUAAUAUGAGGGUACCGCAACAACAAAAUGCUACUUUUAUCGCCAUUAAUUCACUCAGAUUAUUUAUUACAUCAGAAUGCGGCUUAUACGUGUUAUCAAUAGCGGAACAUAUUUACCGAAAAGUAAUAAAACCCAAGGACGCGCUUAAAUAUCCGAAGGAACUUUUUGAAAUCGAGUUUAGUGAGAUUCCAAGUGGAGAUACAAUGAGAAAAAAUUGUAGAGGGGUUGUCGCAACGCUUAAAAAAGAGUAUGAUGUUCGAAAAGGAGUAGUCAAGCAGUGA